CCCUUAGCUUCACCCACAGACCGCGCAGGAGGAUGAACCUGGAGCGGCUGAGGAAGCGGGUGCGACAGUACAUCGACCAGCAGCAGUAUCAAAGUGCCCUGUUUUGGGCAGACAAAGUAGCUUCACUGUCUCAUGAGGAACCACAAGAUAUCUACUGGUUGGCGCAAUGUCUUUACUUAACAGCUCAGUAUCAUAGGGCAGCACAUGCCCUUCGAUCACGUAAGUUGGAUAAGUUAUAUGAAGCAUGUCGCUACCUUGCAGCUAGAUGUCACUAUGCUGCAAAAGAACAUCAACAAGCCCUGGAUAUUCUUGAUAUGGAAGAGCCAAUCAACAAAAGACUUUUUGAAAAGUACUUGAAAGAUGAAAGUGGAUUGAAAGACUCUACCACAGAAUGGGAGAUGUCACAAUCCUCUAUCAAGAGCUCUAUAUGCCUUUUGCGAGGGAAGAUCUAUGAUGCUUUGGAUAAUAGAACCCUAGCAACAUACAGCUACAAAGAGGCCUUGAAGCUUGAUGUUUACUGCUUUGAAGCAUUUGAUCUUUUAACAUCGCACCAUAUGCUGACAGCCCAAGAAGAAAAAGAACUUCUUGAAUCUCUACCUCUUAGUAGACAAUGUACAGAAGAAGAACAAGAAUUGCUUCACUUUUUAUUUGAGAAUAAAUUGAAAAAGUAUAAUAAACCCAGUGAAACACUGAUUCCUGAAUCAGUAGAUGGUCUUCAGGAAAACCUGGAUGUGGUAGUAUCCUUAGCUGAAAGACAUUAUUAUAACUGUGAUUUCAAAAUGUGUUACAAGCUUACUUCGGUAGUGAUGGAAAAAGAUCCUUUCCAUGCAAAUUGUUUACCUGUGCAUAUAGGGACACUUGUGGAGCUUAAUAAAGCGAAUGAGCUUUUCUAUCUUUCUCACAAACUGGUGGACUUGUACCCAAAUAAUCCUGUGUCAUGGUUUGCAGUAGGAUGCUACUAUCUCAUGGUUGGCCACAAAAAUGAACAUGCCAGAAGAUACCUCAGCAAAGCUACUACCCUUGAAAGAACCUAUGGACCUGCGUGGAUAGCAUAUGGACAUUCAUUUGCAGUUGAGAGUGAGCAUGACCAAGCAAUGGCUGCAUACUUCACAGCUGCACAGCUCAUGAAAGGGUGUCAUUUGCCAAUGCUCUAUAUUGGACUGGAAUAUGGUUUGACCAACAACUCAAAGCUAGCUGAAAGGUUUUUCAGCCAAGCUUUGAGCAUUGCACCUGAAGAUCCUUUUGUUAUGCAUGAAGUUGGAGUGGUUGCAUUUCAAAACGGAGACUGGAAAACUGCAGAAAAGUGGUUUCUUGAUGCACUGGAAAAAAUCAAAGCUAUUGGAAAUGAGGUAACAGUUGAUAAGUGGGAGCCUUUACUGAACAACUUAGGACAUGUCUGCAGAAAACUCAAGAAAUAUGAAGAAGCGCUGGAAUACCAUCGCCAGGCUCUAGUACUAAUUCCUCAAAAUGCUUCUACUUACUCUGCCAUUGGCUACAUACAUAGUCUAAUGGGCAAUUUUGAAAGCGCAAUCGACUAUUUUCAUACGGCCCUUGGUCUUAGGAGAGAUGACACAUUUUCAGUCACGAUGCUUGGACAUUGCAUAGAAAUGUAUAUUGGUGAUUCUGAAGCCUACAUUGGAACAGAGAUCAAAGACAAAUUAAGAUGUUAUGACUUUGAUGUACACACAAUGAAGACAUUAAAGAACAUAAUUUCACCUCCCUGGGAUUUCAGAGAAUUCGACAUAGAAAGACAAACUCUGGAUGAAAGCGGCAUAGUAACAUUAGAAACAUCACAUCAAAGGAAAAGUACAGAUACCAGUCGCCCAUUGGAAGAAACAUUUGAGAUUGAAAUGAAUGAAAGUGAUAUGAUGUUAGAAACAUCAAUGUCAGACCAUAGUACGUGACCAUAAAGGCUGGUAGAGAGCUCAUUUUGUCUAAGUGUAAUAUGUUUGUUUUAGCAUUUUUGUUACGGUGUUAUACUUUCAAGAAUUUGCUAUUUUUAUAUGAAUUCAAACUACUGCUCUACACCGGAGAAAUAAUGCUUGCCUUAAGGAUGAUUAAAACGUAUACAUGACGGACUAUUUCUACAAAAUUAAUAUACAUGAUGAAGUAAAAAAUAAAUUCACUUUUUUUUAAAACUGUUUACUGAUCCAUGUGUCUGCCAUCAGUAAGACUGUGAAGAUUUAAAAAUAGUACUUAACAUGGAACCAUUAACAAUGUUGUUAAAAUGAAUAGCCAGACUAAUACAGUAUUACUGUGGCUUCUGAGUUUUAUCCUGUCUGUGAGGAAUGCUUUCUUAGUAAAUAGACAAAAA